CAACUUCCUCUGCAACAGCGACAACCUGACUGAAAGCACACAGACUGUCUGCGUCAUUGCGCCAUGGAGAGAAACACUGUGGUGUCGGCCUGCAGGACUCCCUCAGCACUAGAAUGCAACAUCUCGACCUCCACGCUGGCCUUCGACCAGCACUUCACCACAACUGCCAAAGGAAUACUCCUCCUGGCUGAGAUAGUGGGUGGUAUGUUGGUGUGGAUUCUGGUAGGGGGUACAGAUUAUUUUCAUCUGUCUGCUCUUUGCUGGGUGAUGUUCGUUGCCGUCUUGUGCUGGCUUCUGACCAUUUGCCUGUUUAUAAUUUACCUCACUGGAGCCCACAACAGGAUACCACAGGUCCCCUGGACUACACUGUUGCUGUGUUUUAACUGCAGUGCUAUGGCUUUGUAUCUGGUGACAGCAGUAGUAGAGGCUCUGUCAGUGAACCAGGCCAUUAGGGGGCGACACAACUACAACUGCUGGGCAGCAUCUGCAUUCUUCGCAUUUCUCACCACACUGUGUUAUGCAGGAAGCAGUUACCUGAGCUACCAUGCCUGGAAAACCACAGACGAGGGACAAUAGAGACAUUGUUCAGAUUGUGCCUGAGUGCUCUGAUACUCCAUACCAGGACAAGGCUUCAGUCAAAUAAAAACUUGUCUAGAAACUGUAAA